AAAUUGAAUGAAAAAGGAAAAGCAUGAAGAUUCAAGAAAGGAAAAGAAAAGGAGUGACUGACUCGUCGAGUUAGAAGCACGCAGACGAGAGAGUGAGACGACAAUGGCGACCAUUCCAGAAGCCCACCAUGCUCCUCCUCCUCCUUCCUCCUCCAUAUUAUCCCACAAAACCUCUAGACUUCCAGAAGAUACCGUUUUCUACGCCAUCUUCCCCGACAUCUCUCUAAAUCCCACAGCAGCCUCGACCUCUCUCUCCUCCUCACUCCACUCCCUCCACCUCCAAAUACUCCAAACCAUCUCUCCCUUCCUCUCCGACUAUAUAUGGCAGCACGAGCCCUUUACUCUUUCAGUGUCUCCCCACCCCUCUUCCUCCUGCGUCUGCUCCAACCGCCAUCCCCACCUCCACGGCAAGCUCCGCUACGGCGAUAAUCUCGACGACGAGUGGUUCACUGUAUUUCUCCUCUUUGAAAUCUCUAGAAGGUUCCCCGACCUCUCAAUCCGAGUUUGGGAUACCGACGGUGAGUUCUUGCUCAUUGAAGCUGCUUUCCAACUCCCUCGUUGGCUCAACCCCGAUAACAGCCUCAACCGGGUCUUCCUCCGCCGCGGCGACCUCCAUAUCGUUCCGAAAGAUCGUCUUCAAAGCCCUAGUCUCGACGAUUCGCUGAAGUUCAUCAAUCAGUUUGGGAACGUGUCACGGGCGACGGAGUCCGUCCUAACCGCCGUGAAGAAUCGGAUAUCGGAGUAUCCCGACAGGGCGAGGUUGAAUACCCAUAAUGUUAGGGUUUUGGUUCCAGUUUCGGUUGCCCAAGUGCUGAAGCACGAGCCUUGCUUAAUUUCUCUAGCGGUCGAGGCUUUCUACGACCGAGAUAUCGACUCGAUGAAGUACGCGGCGAAAAUGGAGAAGUUCUUGAGAAAAGGUAAGGAAGAAGAACUGGUACGAGUAUCGGUGAAGAUGUCGAGAGCCAUGUAUGCUCAGCUGGUUCAGCAGACGUUUCAAGCACCCAAAUGUUAUCCAAUGCCCAGUAGGUCUGAUACUUCAACUUAUCUCGAAUCCGAAUUGGGGAUGAAAAUCGCUUGUGGAUUCGAGAUGAUGUACCAGCAGCGGCUGCGAGAGGGGCCCGCAGGUAAAGGGAGUACUUGGGAAGCGUUCAAGGAGAGUUUGGAGAAGAGUGGCUACUUUGAAGGGCAGCUUUCGGGGUCCCUAGAGUACCGGAGGUUGAUGCACAACGCGGAGCAACAGUACAAGAACAGUUCUUUGUCUUCGAAUGCCAGUGAGAUUAUAAGUGCUCCAUUGAGACGCAUAGAUGAGAUUCUUGCUUUACCUCAUUCGGAAGAUGAUUUUAAGGGUCAGGGUGUUGCUCCUUCUGAUGACGAUUCCUGGCUUUAUAAUGGAGAAGAUGAGUUGAACUCUGCUCUUUCAGAGAGGCAAAAAGAGUUUGAGCUUUAUAACGCAAAACAUAAGAACAAGCAGAAGACAAAAGUACAGCAAGAUAAUGGUGAAUCAUGCAGCGUUAAUGUUGAUGAGUUUGAUCCCAGUGACAUAGCAAAAACCAUGAAGGCAUUUGUCGGUAAAGUUUCAAGCUAUAAAGGGGCUGAGGUUCCUAAGGACAGGAACCUAAAAGAGGUGAAUCUAGAUGUAAACUGUUUCAUCAAAGACAUGGAAUCAGUGAUGAAGCAACAUGGUUUUGAAGACAUUGCUAGUGAUGAUGAUAUUGAAGAAGGGUCCUCAUCUGACCUGGAUUUUGAAGAGUCAGAAGAUGAAAGUGAUGAAGCAGAACCUUCUGAAGGCAAUGAGGAUGGUGAGGAUACUUUUAUGCAUUCUUAUUCUGAUGUUUUGAAUGAGGAGUUGAAGUCCAGUACACUCGAGAAAAGUUUUGUUCGUGCUAAGGAACAAGUUGCCAAAAAAGACGAGGGAACGUCCAAUACCAGCACGGCAGACAUGGAAGAGGAUUUUACUCCUGUUGAUGCUGAUGUGAACCUUGUUAAAAGCUUUCUUGAUUCCUUUUCUUCCCAAGAAGGCCUUCCUGGUCCUGCUUCCAAUUUGCUUGGUCUUAUGGGGCUACAACUAAAAGAUGCCAACAAGGGCAAGUGAAUUUAGUUUUAAGGGGUUUCUUAUUAUGUAUUCUAUGUAUUUGGGUGUUGUACAUGCCUUUUCCUUUCGACGAGUUUUGUCUUGAAAACUAGCUUUUAGUUUUUUCCUCUCUUUUGGGAGAAUUUUGAAAGAAAUUUAGGUUUAUUAAAAAAUAUAGUAAUUUAAAGAAAAAAGCGUACUUCCUAUUUCUUAUCACUAUUAGUCCGGGGUAAGCAUCUCUUGGACUAUAGAAUGAAGGACUAUUACAAAUAAAUACAUACAAGUGCUGUAAAUUAUAUGUAAAUUUAAAAUCUUAUAAAUGAGAAUAGAGGGAAUUUAGUGCA